AUGGAUGCUGACCAAUUUGUUCCAAUUUCCAUAAUUGCGGGAUUUCGAAAAAUUGUUCAACUAACCAGUGAUUACAACCUUAUAUUGCAAGUAUUGCGAGAAUCGAACCAAGUGGAAGUGGAUGAGCGCGGCGAAAAAGUUCGUUCCGUAUGCCGACGAUGUACCAUCAUUUUGAGGGAGAUUAGUGAAGAGCACAGAGAGGAAGUGGAGAAGAUGCUUACCGGUGGUCCACCUUACGUUGAUCUCAAGUAUGGUUUGAACAAUAGUUGGUAUGUGACGUUUGACAAUGAGGAGACCACUCAACAAGCAUAUCUUCACCUUCAAAAUAUGAAUAUCACUUUUAAUAACAAGCCAAUUUGCGUUCGAAUAAAAGCAGGCGGUCCACCUAGCGACCUUCCGCCGAUCGACAGGAUGCCUACACAGAUCACAGCGAUAUCGUUCCCACGCAUAGAAUGCCCAUUUAAGCUGGAUGACCUGACCUAG